GUGUGUGAGAUGCCCAUGCCAGCAUUCAUGAAGCAGUCUCUGGAGGAGUUGACGGUGGGGACGUACGCCAACAUCGCCUACAUCCACCCCGACACGCCGCUCAUCACCGCGCUGUCCGUCUUCACGCACCGCCGUGUCUCCGCACUGCCCGUCGUCGACCACAACGGUCGAGUCGUGGACAUCUAUUCCAAAUUUGACGUCAUUAACCUGGCGGCUGAAAAGACGUACAACAACCUGGACGUGACGGUCACCCAGGCGCUCAGACACAGGUCCCAGUACUUCGAAGGAGUCAUGAAGUGCAACAAACUGGAAACGCUCGAGACCAUCGUGGACCGCAUCGUCAAGGCAGAG